AUGCCCAAAAAACGAGCCCAUAUUGUCAUGGAAUGGCUACAGGAACAAAUUCAAUCCAGACAGCUGGACAGCGGGGAACGAGUGCCCACAGAAAAGGCACUGUGCCAGAAGUUUCACCUCUCACGCAGUGCCGUGCGCAACGCCCUGUCUCAGCUGCACCACAGCGGCUGGCUCCAGUACGAAAAAAACCGGGGCUACUCCGUUCGUGCCCCGGCAUUGCCCGGACCUGCCCGACCUGCUGCGGCAUUCAGAAAAGAUCUGGGGCUGCUCUGUUUUUUCCCCAGUCACUAUAUUUUCCCCGAUGUAAUUUCCGGUUUCAGUUCCAUCAUUGACAGCCAGCAGUACAAUAUCAUUAUCAAGCAGAGUGAGUAUCAGGUACAGCAGGAACGUCAGGCCCUGCAGGAGCUCUCCGCCCAGGGCAUCGCCGGGCUGGUAGCCAUGCCCAUUCUCGACGGUGUACAUGCGCCCAACAAAGACCUGUACAUGCAACUGAUUCAGCGCGGUACUGCGGUUGUGUUCGUCUGUAGUACGAUACCCGGGAUUGAGGCCAGCUCCAUCCUGUGCUGCGAUUUACAGGCUGGCCGCAGGGCUUCUGAAGUCAUGCUGGCUGCCGGCUUUCGCGACUUUAUUUUAUUUUACCAGAAAAAUUAUUUAACCAAGGCCGUUCGCAUGCAGGGGGCCAGAGAAGUUCUGCAACAGGCAGAGCGCUAUGGUGCGGUAAGCUACUCCGAGCUGGCCUUUGUCGACCAGGGCCAGCACAGCGAUACCCGCAAAAGAUGCAGUGAGUUUUUUGCGAAGCUGGAGCGGGCUAUGCAUCCGGAACCAAUGGCCUGGCUGUGUUCCAGCGAUGAGGAUGCAGCCAUUGUGAUCGAGGUGGCACGUUCGUAUCACUGGGAGCUGCACCGUGACUACGAGUUGCUCGGCUUUGAUAAUUCACAACUGGCCGAACUGCUGGGUGGGGGAUUCAGCAGUUUUACCGUGCCCGGCAAGCUGAUUGGCCGGAUGGCCGCCCGUUACCUGCUGGACCAGAUGGCCGAAGCGGUAGAGCAGCGCCAUUGUAUUAAUGUUCUAGUACAAUCAAACCUGAUACGCCGCAAUUUCCACAACUCCGCACAGUUAAAGAGCCUGGCGGGAAACGGAUAA